AUGCCCGCAGAGGCAGAGAACACCCUACCCCCUAGGUUCGUCGGAACGAGCAGGUCUUGGAUGUCGGUCUCGGAGCACUGUGAAGGAGCUGGUGAUUCGGAAGUGUGCGGUACGGCUGGUAUUUUUAGCGCAAGCCUCAGCACAAUUUCUGCGGCGUUGAAUUCUUUGGCGGCAAUAAUGUUGGAGGAUUAUUUAAAACCCUUGUAUAGAAAGUUUAAGGGGCGUGAAUUCUCCCCUUCAAAGUCAGCCUCCAUUGUUAAAGUGCUCGCUUUCAUAAUAGGUAUUGUUUCCAUUGCACUGGCAUUUUUAGCGCAAUUUGUGAGUGGUGUAGUUCAGGCUAUUUUCACUGUCUUGGGAGUAAUCGGCAGUCCGAUGUUAGGUAUUUUUACUCUUGGCAUGGCCACGGAAUCGGCGACAGAAGGUGGCACGAUAGUUGGUGCUCUUACGGCAUUUUCAUUUCUAUGCUGGAUCGUCUUUGGUCAGCCACGUCCUGUACCACCUAAAUUACCAACUACCAUCGAAGGCUGCGAUAAGAAUAGUACAAAUAUGACGAUAUUUAUUGUGCAGAACGUCAUAAAUUUUUCCAAAGAGUUUAAUACAACGUGUUUACAGCAGCAAGUUACAAGCCAGACUGAUCCGCAUAAAGACAAACGAAUAAGCGCAGGCGCAAAGAGCAAAGAACAAAGAAACAUAUACCAAUAA